ACUAUUUAUAUAAUGUUUUAUUUGCCACGGUAGUUAAAUAAAAGUUAAAUGGUUAACUUCUGUAUCAUGUCUAUGCUGAAAGGUUUCAAUUUAUCUCAUGUUCACUUUCUUUAUUUUGAAACGUAUUACCGGAAGCGCAGUGUGUUAUAUAUUCAGUGUGUCUUGAUGAUGCUGAUGAAUAACAAAGUGCUGUUGAAGUGAGCAACAGACUCUAAACUUCUCCAUCAGGACCAGACUGGAGGUCGAACUGUUUUGUGGAUUUUUUUAUAUUAUUCUAGGAGUAAUAAUAAUAUUAGAUGGUUUCUUUCACUGCAUAUGAAAUAUUAGUUAUUUGACUGAAAUUUUAGUCCACACAUGACCUACUGACAAGGAUACGAUUUAUAUAAUGUUUUAUGCAAUUAAGUGCCAAGGUAGUUAAAUAAAAGUUAAAUGGUUAACUUCUGUAUCAUGUCUAUGCUGAAAGGUUUCAAUUUAUCUCAUGUUCACUUUUUUUCUUUAUUUUGAAACGUAUAACCGGAAGCGCAGUGUGUCUUGAUGAUGCUGAUGAAUAACAAAGUGAAGCUGAAGUGAGCAACAGACUCUAAACUUCUGCAUCAGGACCGGACUGGAGGAGCGGACUGUUGUGUGGACUUUUUAUUUGUUUAUUCCAGGAGUCUAAUCAUAUUAGUUGCAGCACAUGUCUGUGAAAGACUCAGGUAACACGGACUAUUUAUAUUUAUACUUAGUUCAACGGUAAAAAAAAAAAGAAAAAGAAAAGAAGAAGAGAUGAGCCCGGUGUUGUUAGUGUUGCUGCUCUGUGUGCGGAGCGCAGAGCUCCGUCACCUCAACAGAGCAGAGGAUGCUGCACCUCCAGCUGCUGCUGCGGGGACUCAGGACUGCACCAGUUGGAUUCUGAAACUUUCAACCAGUUCCAGAAUUCCCAGAGUUCCCGAGCUGAGGCGCGUCCCCAGGGGAACCAAAGACGACGGGAGUUCCAGGACACGCGACGACCCGAGCGGGUACUUCACCACCCCGCGGCUACCGGCCUCCACCGCCCGGCCGGGUAACCUCUCCUCCGGGCUUCUCAACCCGCUGUUCCCGGUCACCGACGGCUCCUACUGGGCCUACGCGGUCAUGCUGCUGGCGCUCGUGCUGUUCGCGGCGGGCAUCGUGGGUAACCUCGCGCUCAUGUGCAUCGUGUGGCACAGCUUCUACCUGAAGAGCGCGUGGAACUGCAUCCUCGCGGGGCUCGCCUUCUGGGACUUCCUCGUGCUCUUCUUCUGCCUGCCCGUGGUCGUCUUCCACGAGCUCACACUGAAGAGGUUGCUAGGAGACCUGUCCUGUCGGCUCGUGCCAUACCUGGAGGUGACCUCUCUGGGCGUGGCCACAUUCAGCCUCUGUGCUCUGAGUAUUGAUCGCUUCCAUGCGGCCACCGGCCCCGGGCCCGCUCAGACGCCGAGGGUUGAGCCCUGCCAGUCCAUCCUGUCCAAACUGUCCGUCAUCUGGGUGGGCUCCAUGGUGCUGGCCGCCCCUGAGCUGCUGCUUUGGCAGCUCGUCCAGGAAACUGUCAGCCUGCCGAUGCUCCCCAGCGACCAGCAGCAGAGCUUGCCGGGAGGCUCGCUGAUGGCUGCCUUUAGAGCCCGAACAGACGCGUUCAAGGUGGAUAUCUGUGUCCGUGAGCCGUCUGUGGAGCUCCCAGAGAGCAUCUACUCUCUGGUGCUGACAUACCACGAGGCCCGCAUGUGGUGGGUCUUUGGGUGCUACAUCUGUUUGCCACUGCUCUUCACUCUGGCCUGCGACCUGGUGACGAGACAAGUGUUAGCCCAGCGUCUACCGCAGAAACCCGCCGGUGACAAGGUGGCUGGCAGAUGCUCCUCCUCCUCUUCGUCUUCCUCCUCGUCCAAGAAAAAGCAGCACACGAGAGAGCACAGGCUGCGCUCCACUGUGAUGGCGCUCACCAUCUUGUACGUCAUAUGCAACCUGCCGGAGAGCAUUUGUAACAUCACCCUGGCGUACGUCUCCGACCACGUGUCCGCCGCGCUCCCGGCUCUGGCUCUGCCAGCGCUGAGUCUGAUUGGACAGUUCCUGCUGUUUGUGCGUUGCUCGGCGACGCCGGUGUUGCUGCUGUGCCUGUGUCGCUCGCUGGGCCAGGCCUUCAUGGACUGCUGCUGCUGCUGUUGUGAAGAGUGCCUUCCCGACGGCAACUCCUCUUCAUCCUCAUCUGCCUCAACCGCCGCCACCUCCAACCUGUCCUCGCCCACAUCGCCCUCUCCGUCCUCCCUGUUUCCUUCCAGCAAAGAUGAGACGAUGAAGAGCCUGUUGGCUACAGAACCAGCAGUCUGCUACGACAGGGCAAAAGACGCUUCAACAGCUAUCGGGACGCCCUGCUGAGACAUCCAGGACCAGUUAGUUAAGUCAAAUGUUAAGCUGCCAAGCUUGACACAAACAAAGAGAGUCAGAGAGAAAAGUCACAAAGAGAAAGAAACCAGAAAAAGAGGAAAAACAAUAGAGAAACUAAACAAUGGGGAGACGAGAAAUGUUCUUCUUUCCAAACAAAGAAGGAAAAACAGAGAGGAGAGAGGGGGGAAAAGAAGAGUCUUCUGUCAGUGGAGAGUUGCAUUUGUUCCUAAAGCAUCAUGUUUUCUCGGUGAACAUCAGGACACUUUGGGAGAAUCCUUGUGUGGAUUAAUGUUUGGGAAAAAAAGAGAAAUGGUGGAUGUUUGCUCUGAUCUGCAGUGGAAGGAAUGCCACGCAGCAGCGCUCUCGACACCCACUGAAGGAGAAAGCUGUUCACGCCUGACUGAGACGCUCCUUUUAGUCAUUAUUCAAUUAUCGAAGGUCACAGCUUCACAAUAACAGCUGGCCUUUGAGUUUCUGCAGACAUAAUAAACACAGUCGCUCUGUGACAAGUUGCUGGGAGAGCAGACAAGAAUGCCUCGCUUGCCCAAGGAUUUAGAGGCCUUUCUCAGCUUUUUCUUUUUAAUAAGUAGAUCUAAAAAAUCUCAUUCAUUUCUACUAGCAAACCAUUUAUACAGUUUUUAAUAAUAACUUGUAAUAUAUAGCCAGAAAUUCAUCUGGGAAGUUUGACAACAAGUUUCUCUCACAAGAUACCUUUUCUAUAAUAAUAUUUUAAUAUCUUCUGGGCACAAUUUCCAUUUCUUAAUCCAUGUAUUGUAUUAUCUUAUUAACAUAUUCAGAUAUUAUCUUGUCUUUGCAAGAUAAUAUAUGGAUCAGAUCCAGAUCUUGUGGGUAUUUUAUUUUGUGUGAUGAUGUUAUUUUGAUAUAUGAAGUUGUGUAUGGACAAUAAUAUCUUGCACACAAAUGAUAUGGAUCUUAUGCGGAAGAUACUGUCUUGUACGUACAAGAUAAUAUCCUGUGCAAAAUAUAUGGAUAAAGAUAUGGAUCUGUGUCCACAAUAACUCAAGAUAUUAAAAGAAAGUAGACAUUUAACUGCUGUUAAAAGUCUCCUUUUUACAUUUACAUUUCUACGUCUGUUCAAUAAACUGAAUACAACAUGUGAAUUUCAUCUCUUUCGAUGGCGCUAAGCAGGUUCCCCUUGCUUUCAGGCUAACUGCUAAGCAAAAGGCGUAACACGUCCUGUCACUGAAUUCAUACUUAUAACUCAAAACUCAUACUUAUAACUUAAACAAAACAUCAGAUAGAUGUCUAACUUAAUUGGCUGCACAAAACUGUCUAGUUCUUUGUUAUCUUAAAGGAAUACUUCACCCUCAAAAGGACCAUUUUAUAUCAAUUACUCACCGUGUUACCUUGAUUUCUUGCAGAAAACUUUGUUUUUCUCGCAUGCCUCCACGGUGAACAGUUUUUUAUUCUCUCUUCACCAUGGAGGCAUGUGAGAAAAGAAAAAGUUUUCUUAAAGAAUUCAAGGUAACAUGGGGUGAGUCAUUGAUAUGCAAAUGGUCAUUUUGUGGGUGAAGUAUUCCUUUAAGUAGGAGUAAUUUUGAUUAAAAUCUGUGUAAAUUAAGUAACUCAAAACGAAGAAAUGUUUGUCUUGAAGCUGUUUAUAGUCCAACAGAAGACCUGCGUUUUGUGUUGAAGAAGUUUAACAGAUGAGGACAUCUGAAAAAAUUCAACAAUGAGCGAAUCUGAAGGAGAAGAUAAAUCAGUGAUCUCUAGAAACUGUUUUCAACAGGUAGCUUUUUUCUAUUUUUACAAAUAAAGGUGCCGUUAGAGACAACAGACAACAACAAUACAUGUUACCUUUUAUUCCUGUUUUUAAAAAAGUGGAAUUAUUUUGAUUUUUUUGCAUUUCAACAUCAGUUUAGGAACAAGUAACAAAAAAGGUAUAAAAACAUAAAAUAAAGUAAGGGCUUCUACAUUAAAAAAACACAACACCACCCAAAGGCACCUCAGCAUGACUGGUUGCAAGAAUCAAUCCAGUUGAGUUUACCUGGUCUGAUUCUGGUUGCUGGUAACAGGAGCUGAUUGUCAGCCCAAAGCUGACCGAGUCCACACCCGUAAACCUGAGCCGGAGCUGGCAGUCAUGGUUGGGCCAGAGCCGGCUCAUAUUUGGUCCUCUGGGACCAGAAAACAGGCUACAGGUGUCCCGACUCUCAGACUCUACUGGCCUUAGUCAGAGGGAAAUCUGGGACAGGUGGUUACCACUUAGGUGGUUAUUUUUUUAGGCUUAAUAUUAGAUUGUUUUCUGUUUUUUUUUUUUUUUUCUGUAAUAUUAUGUUCAAUUUGUGCUCUUGAACUAAUCCAAGACUGACCGAGCUCAAGUCCAACAUAUAUUCAUGAAAGCAACCCCUAUCACCGUACUGGACACACAAAGAUUACACUGAUAUCUAUCUUCUCAUCUUGACAAUACGGAAGACAAAGGGAAAAAAAGUAUUUCACAAAAUAUUUCUUUAAAAAAAAAGCUCACAAGAACGGGAGUUUCCCUUGUGUGUAGAUUUGGUUUGAUAUUGAUUGUACAUUGGAUUUUGUGCUUUUUACCCAAUAAAGAGUUGAAGUUCA